UCACUCGCUUCACUUGCUGGCUGAAAGUGUCAUGGCGAGUGGAAAGGAAGGUGUGUUGUGGUUGAGGAGGAAGGAAGGCGCACUCAGCAGGCGUGCUGUGCUUGGCAUGGCGAGCGCAGUGGCCUUGGUGGCAAGGGUGGCGCUGAUCCUGGUGAGCGUGUAUGUGUGGGAAGACGGCAGCAAGGAUCCUGCCAGGCCUGGCAACAGCGAAGGCAGCGCUGGAGGCAGCGGGAUCGAUGCCGCUCAACACACCACCAGUGGGCCAGGAAGGGUGCAGUACACGGACGUUGAUUACCACGUGUUUACCGACGCCGCGCGGCACGUGUGGUUAGGCCAGAGCCCGUUUCUCCGACACACGUACCGCUACACGCCGCUGCUGGCCUUCCUGUGCCUCCCCAACAUCUGGCUCUGGCGGCCAUUUGGCAAGCUGCUCUUCUCCUGCGCUGACAUCGCUGUCGGUGUGCUCAUCUACCACCUCGCACCCGACGACGAGGGAGAGCACAGCACUGUGGAUGGCAAGGAGAAGGAGGAUGCCGACGUCACCGUUACGCAGCAACCCAAACCCCACCAGAGAAACCAUGCUCUGCAUUCACCACCCGCACAAUCAGCUUCGUCAGCGCAAGCACGAGCCUUGUCAACAGCAGACGCACCGGCGUCACCGGUACCAGGGCCUUCACAGCAACAGUUGGCGUUGUUGGCGUGGCUGUGGGUUUUGCGGGAUGCAAGGCUGCUGCCGGUCCUGCUGUGGCUGUUUAAUCCAAUCACCCUCGGCGUAUCCACACGCGGAAACGCAGAGUCUCUGAUCCUCUGUGUGGUCAUGCUGUGCAUGUACGCUGCCAAGAAGCAGCACCACGUGCUUGCGGGCGCUGCACUUGGCUUGGCCGUGCACUUGAAGCUGUACCCCAUCAUCUACAGCCUGCCCUUAUUCCUUCAAGCGUCCCCUGCUGCACCAUUCUGGCGCAUCACUGCUGCCCGUGCCAAGCUCGUCGUGGCAUGCAUCGGCACCAUGGCUCUCACCACAACCUACUUUUACUCCCUGUACGGCUUUGAGUUCUUGCACGAGGCGUACUUGUAUCAUUUCUCGCGCGGCGAUAUCCGCCACAACUUCUCCGUGUACUUCUAUGCCCUUUAUCUCCAAGCAAACACGGCAACACAGCUGUCAUUGUGGCAGCGCCUGAGCACGUUUCUUCCACAGGCCAUUGUACAACUCUCCACAGCCCUGCGCUUUUCACGAGACAUUGUCCUCUGCGCCUACGUCCAAACUGUGCUGUUUGUUGCCUUCAACAAAGUGUUCACCUCCCAGUACUUUCUCUGGUUCCUCCCGUUCCUGUGUCUGGUGAUUCGCCGCGUCGCUCUUUCCACCAUCGUCGCCUGGUUUGCAGCACAGGGUUUGUGGUUGGCAAUUGCGUACCAGAUUGAGUUUCUUGGGGAACCGCUCUAUUUAUUGCUGUUUGGUGCCUGUGGUGUGCUCUUCAUCACACACCUCAUGCUCGUGCGUGUGUGAAUUCCAGUCAACAACACACUUGGCACAACACACACACACAUCACACAUCAUAUCACUCGCGGUAUCGUCUUCAUGCGUCAUGCAUGCGUUGGCAGCGUUUUACUGCCCUGGCACAACUGAACAGAAUAAGAGACCAAUAUCCCAAA